ACUAUUUUAAUUUGAAGCGCAAUUUAGUAAUUUACAAUAAACUUUUUACAAAUACUUUAAAGUUUCUAAGAAAUAUUCGCAAAACUUAUUCUCAAACUUUAGGACGUUUAUCGAAAAGAUAAAUAAAAAGAAGAUGGGGUCUAAAAAACACAAAAAGGAGUCUAAAAAGAAGAAGCAUCGGAGUAGGUCACGGUCGCCUAUAGACGGUGAGGAACGUGAACGCAAAAGGCACAGAAAACACAAAGAUCGCAAGAAAGAGCGCUCCCCAGACGUGGAGGAGGUGCCGGUGGACUCUCACCUGGCCAAGGACAACGGCGCCGCGUCGCGUAGCCGCAGCCGCAGCAACACGCGAGAGCGCGCCGACAACCACUCCAGGGAGCACCGCGGACACGACGAUGGGCACAGGGAUACAAGCAGGAGUCAAGACUCGGUCAAGAGCCGAGAGUCGAGCGAGGCGUCGCCUGCGCCAGUCAGUAGCUCCGCGCACGACAGCCUGUCCAUUGAUGAGACCAACAAGCUGCGAGCCAAGCUGGGGCUCAAACCACUUGAGCUCGCGGAAAAACGCUCCGACGACGGCAAGAUCAAAGACGACCUGGGCGAGUUCUACCACGCGCCCGCCGCCAACCUCGCGCAGCAGCGCAAGGCGGACAAGCUGCGCGAGCGCCUCGACGAGCGCCGCGAGAAACGCCAGCUGGAAAACAAGUUGCAGAGCACGCUGCUGGCGGACGAGUCGGACGACGACGACGCGUCGGCGUGGGUGCGGCGCUCGCGGGACAUCGAGAAGCAGAAGCGCGAGGCCGCCAAGCGGGCGGCGCUGCUGGACGAGAUGGACGCGGAGUUCGGCGUGGGCGCGCUGCUGGCCGACGAGCAGCGCGGCGAGCGCGCGCGCGCCUACGCGCCGCGACACCUGCGCGGCCUACGCGUCGCGCACGACAUCGACGCCCUGCCCGAGGAGAGCGUCACGGUGCUGACGCUGGCCGACAAGGAGCUGCUGGCCGAGGACGGCGAGGACGUGCUCGUCAACGUCAACAUCGUGGACGACGAGAAGUAUAAGAAGAACAUCCAGGAGCGCAAGAAGGCCCGCACGGGCUACCAGGCCUACGACGAGGAGGCGGAGCUGGAGGCGUCGCUGGGAUUCGCGCGGCCCGUGCUCGCCAAGUACGACGACGAGAUCGACAGCGAGCGCGCCCAAAAGCAGCGCGGCUUCUGCAUCGGCGACGACGGCGCGCUCGCGGCCCGGCGGCUCGAGGACGCGAUGCGGGCGGCGCGCGUGGCGGGCGGGCCGGGCCGGCGCCUGGAGUCGCUGCGGCUGCCCGAGCUGCGCAUGGCGUCCGACUACCUGCAGGAGCACGAGCUGCCCGCCAAGUUCAAGAAAUUCAAGAAGAAGGGCAAGAUCCGCAAGAAGCCGAAGCAGGAGCCCAUCGACGUGGAGGAGCACGAGGCCGGCAACGCGCCGCUGCACACCGACGACACGGACGUUAAGCCGGAGCAGUUCUCGCUGGCGGCCGCGCUGGACGACGACGAGACGGAGGUGGACACGGAGCUACAGGCGGCGCUGGCGCGCGCGCGCCGGCUGCGCCAGGCGGAGGCGGCGCCCAGCAGGGUGCCCAAGGUGGAGCACAUCCUGCGGCACGCGAAGGACGAGCCGGGGGAGCCGGGGGAGCAGGGGCCCGACAGCGCCAUGGUGCUGGACGCCACGGCCGAGUUCUGCCGCACGCUGGGCGACAUCCCCACCUACGGGCAGGCGGGCAACCGCGACCACCGCGCCGAGAUCAUGGAUUUCGAGCGUGAAGAAAUGGAGGUGGAGCCGGAGAUAGACGCCAACUCGGGCGCGUGGAGUCGCGUGGAUGUUGACAGCGAGAAGCCGGCGGACCUCGCCUCCGGCAGCGGCGCGGGGCUGGAGGCCGAGCCCGCGCUGGGCGCCGGCGUGGCGGGCGCGCUGCGGCUGGCGCUCAGCAAGGGCUACCUGGAGCGCGCGGGCGCCCCGCCCCGCCCCGCGCGCCCGCCGCCCGCGCUCUCCGUGAACUACUCCAUCGAGGACAAGACGUAUGGCGAGGACGACAAGUACGGGCGGCGAGAGCGCGGCGGCGGCUACUCGGGCCCGCUGAGUGAAUUCCGCGAGAAGAGUAACUUCCGGCCCAGCAUCAAGCUCGAGUACGUGGACGACGACGGGCGGCCGCUGUGCGCCAAGGAGGCCUUCCGCUACCUGUCGCACAAGUUCCACGGCAAGGGGCCCGGCAAGAACAAGCAGGAGAAGCGUAUCAAGAAAGCGCAGCAGGAAGGGCUGAUGAAGAAGAUGAGCUCGACGGACACGCCGCUCAACACGCUGCAGAUGUUGCAGCAGAAGCAGAAGGAGACGCACUCGCCCUUCGUCGUGCUGAGCGGCGCCAAGCGGGACGCCAACAACUAGCUGCCCCCACCGCUACGCGCCGCGACACUUGCGUCACGACUGUGGCGACGAAAUGACAUCUGCUGCGUCAAACUUGACCAACUACCUUCCACCUAGCCAUGAAAUCGACACACACGCGUUACUUCAAUUUUAAUACUACACUUGAUAGCUCUUGUAUGAAGAGGUAGACAAAUUCCAUUGAGGCAUUUCAGGUGUUUUUGUUAGAAAAUAAAGUUCUCAUACCUGAAUAUUAAAAUGACGUUAUCUGUAAGCGACAGAGAAAAAAAACUUUGUCUCACGAGCGUUUGGCCUUUAUUUGACACCUCUUCAUUUCGACCGACAUUUUUUACUUUACAAGUAGUUAGUGAUGGUUAAUCUUGUGUUUUGAUUAUAAUGGAUUAGUCAAUCAAGCCAUUUGUUAGGAUGACCUUUACAGUUCCAUCGUACCACAAGGUCAUUCGCUAUACAUUAAUAUCCACCCAACCCUCCCUUUCAAUGCGGCAAAUAGCUUACAGUAGUUGUUUUACCAUUAGAACACUGACAACAAAAUCCCUUUGGAAUAAAUCGGUAAUGAAAAGUUCCAACUACCAUAACAACAUUUGUAAUCUUAAAAAUUGUAAUAAAUUAACUUUAGGAA